CUUUUGACAUUUUGGCAACGUUGUCACCUUUCUGCAAAAGUCAUGGAAGACGUUUCACUGCCAGACCUCAGAGAUAUCGAGCUCAAGCUAGGGCGCAAAGUCCCCGAGAGCCUAGUGCGUUCGCUCCGGGGGGAAGAGGUGGCUUCCCUGGAGAAGGACAGGGACCCCUGCGGGGGCAGCGGCGGCAGCAGCAGCAGCAGCGGCGGCGGCGGCGGCGGCGGCGGCGCUUGCAGUAGCAGUAGCAGCUGCUGCAGUUUCCCUCCCUCCGUGUCAUCCUCUUCUUCGUCCUCUCCAACCCCCAGCUCCCCAAGACCGAGCCGCUCCAGCAGCGCCCUGGAGAGGCUGCAAACCAAGCUUCACCUCCUGCGGCAAGAGAUGGUUAACCUCAGAGCUACAGAUGUGAAACUCAUGCGUCAACUGCUAUUUAUCAAUGAAACCAUUGAGUCCAUCAAGUGGAUGAUUGAAGAGAAAGCCACCAUUACUAGCAGAGGCAGCAGUCUCAGUGGCAGCCUAUGCAGUUUAUUGGAGAGUCAGAGCACCUCCUUACAUGGCAGCUACAACAGCCUACAUGAUGGCAGUGAUGGGCUGGAUGGUAUCUCUGUGGGGAGCUAUUUGGACACAUUGGCAGAUGAUGUCCCAGGCCAUCAGACGCCAUCAGAUUUGGACCAGUUUAAUGACAGCUCCAUAAUAGAGGACUCACAGGCACUGCACAAGCAUUCCAAACUGAAUUCUGAAUACUAUUGCUUUGGCUAAUCACCCAUUUUUUGCAUGGGAUUAGUGUGCAAUUAACUUGUAUUUAUCCUUCUUCUCUGCUGCUAUAUUUUUGGUGUGAUUUCUGUUUUUUUUAUAUAUAUAUAACAACAUUUAAAAAAAGAAGCUUAUUUUGAAACUGCUUAAUGAUAUUUCUGUUGCUCCUAAUAUUUCUCAUCUUGACUGGUGGUCUUUAUCUCUUAUAUCUUUAUUUAUUACAACGAUUGUUCUCCCUUCUUUUGUAGUAGCACAAAUAAAGAAGGGAGAAAAGAAUAAGCAAUAAUUAUAUUUUGUUUUUAGAGCAAGAAGGCCAGGUAUUAACAAGAAAAUCUUUGCUAAAUUUUACAAUAAACCAAAGUCUGAUAAUAGUUAAUUUUGUUGCUUGUAUUCUUAAAUGACUUAAAAUUUCAUCUUCUGGAAGAUAAUUAAGGUAUAUAACUAUUUGUAUAUGGUUUUGAGUUAUCUUCUUAGGGAAAUGCUAGGCAUAAUUUCUAAGGUACCACUUCCUAUUGUAAACUUGACAAUAUAAUUAGUCAUAUACUCUUAUUCGACAGUCAUUCGGAAGUUCCAGGUAUAUGCAAUUCAAGUUUAUGUUGAGACUAACAAGUUUUCAUUGAUUAUCUUUACUUGAAUCAUAGGUUUAGAUGCGUGAAAAUAUUUCUCUUAUAUUUUCAAAUAAUUAAAAUUAGAUGAUAGAGGUUUUUCCUUUUACAUGAAACCAAUGUUUCUUAUUGGCUUGAUUUGCAGGUAAUUUUGGGGUCUGAUAAUCCUCACACAUUAUUCCAAAUAAAAGAUGUGUAACAAAAUUCGUAAAUCCACCUCAAAAAUAAGUGAUCAAAUGUUACCAAAGGAAAAGUUUUACUUUUGGAUAGUAGUAGAAAACUCUACAGUGAUAAAAUAUCACUUAAAUGUGUCCUAUUCUAAAAUAAUUGUGUUUUAAA